GGUUAUGUGUAAAAUUAUUAACCUUUUAUCUGAUUUUCCUUCUGUGUGUCUCCGCCAGCAGAGCUGAGCUGCUGCAGUGAUCAGAUGGUCAACAGCUCUCAUAAAGUUGUAAGUGGGCUUCUAAUUAAACCAAAGCUCACUCAACAUGACAAACGGCGCUAUGGAAACUGGCACACAGGAGACAAAAAGGCGCAGACUUUCCCUUUGAUGAGUCCAUCAAUUAGCAUCACAACCGGCGUUCACGUGUCCUACCAGCGUAAAAUCUCACAUUUGCAAAUAAUGACAAGCUAAAGCACAAUAAGGAACACGGAGGAUGAGAAAGGGGGCACAUUUUAACCAGAUGCCCGGCAAUAAAUAACAGGCUCGAUGCCCCCCAGCUGAGAGCGCAUCAUUUACAUUUUUGGGGGGUCUCACGGGGCCGGAGCGUGUCCGCACAGGAAGCACAGAGGCUGCUGAUUGUUCCUGAAAGACGCAUCGCUUCGUUUGGGUCACUUUUUGAAUGAAAUGUAAAUGUGGCGGCGUGUGCAGAAGCCGCAUAUAUAAACCCCCAGAGGAGCGCAGGCAGGGACACUGAUACCUGCGUCCUCAUCGGCCCCACAGCGAGCUGACAUGCAGCCAGUUGCAGCCAAACUACCGCUUAUCCACAGAACACCGUUUUCUGUGGAGGAUAUUCUGGACCCCACAAAAUUUACAAGGAAAAUUAUCAGUGCAGAUGAUGCAGCAGCUGCAGGAGCUUCUACUGUCAGAGAUGAACUCAGAGAGAAGCAGCAUCCUCCUCCAGCAGGUGGAAGCCCGGAGGAGGCAGCUUCAGGUCCGGAGAAGCGUCAGGGGUCAAAGGGCAAAAGCAGACGGAUCCGCACCGCCUUCUCCUUGGAGCAGCUGCAGAUGCUGGAGCACAGCUUCCAGAGGUGCCACUACCUGUCGGUGCUGGAGCGGCACGCCAUCGCCUCGGCCCUCCGCCUCUCCGAGACUCAGGUCAAGAUCUGGUUUCAGAACAGACGCACUAAGUGGAAGAAGGAGCGGCAGUUGGGGAGGGAGGCGGAGGAGGAGCAGCAGCAGCAGUUUGGCUUCGCAUCACAUCCUGCAGUCUGCUCGUCUCUGACCUACAGUCCUCUUUACUGCCAGCAGCGCACGCCACUCCAGCUGUUUGCACCUCUGCCUCUGGUGCCUUUUCACCAUUAUUACACAUGAUGCACUGAGAACAUUACGGACCAACAUGUACUGAAGCAAAACUAUUAUUAACACUUACAGGAGAGCUGUUAAUGUGCCAAACAGGACUGAGUUUAAAUAAUGAAAAU